AUGACCUCACAAGCACCCGAAACAGAGCUAGCAACAGCAACAGCAACAUCAGCACCAACCCCCAAGCAAAGCCUAGCAGACCGCAUGAAGCACUACGAAUCCCUCACCGAGACCACGCUCCCCGCUUCCUCCCCCGUGCUCCUGCGCCUCGACGGCCACGGCUUUUCGAAACUAACAUCGCACUUCGCCCGCCCGUUCGACGAGCGCAUCCACGCCGCCAUGACCGCCACAGCCGCCGACCUGCUGACGCACUACUUCCCGCGCGCCACGCUCGCGUACACGCAAUCCGACGAGAUCACGCUCGUCUUCCCGGCCGGCGUGCAGGCCUUCAGCGAGCGCGUGCAGAAGCUCGCCUCGCUGUCUGCGGGUUAUUGUUCUGCGCGCUUCAACGCGCACCUCGCGGCCGCGCUGGCGGCCACCCCGGAACCCGCGGUGGGCGAGGCGGCGUAUGGCGUGCUGGGCACAGCGCACUUUGACGCGCGCCUGUUCGCCGUCCCGGACGAAGCGGAGGCGUUGAAUGGCGUGCUGUGGCGGUGUCGCGGCGACGCGGUGAGGAAUAGCAUUGGCGCGUUUGCGCGCACGCUGUUUAGCGCGAGGGAGAUGCACGGGAGGACGGGCGCGGAGCUCGUCGAGAUGAUGCGCGUGAAACGAGGGGUCGUGUUCGAGGAGGCGGUGCCGCGGUGGGCGGUCGAGGGGUGUCUGGUCAAGCGGGAGCUGUAUCGGUAUGAGGGCACGAAUCCGAAGACGGGGAUGCUGGAGACGGCGACAAGGACGCGGACGCGGGUGGAAGAGAGGGGCGUGAGGGAGUUCUCGGAGGAAAUUUUGAAGUUGGUGACGCAGAGGUAUUGGGGCGGUGAUGCGAAAUGA